CGCCUCUUGAAUGUGAACACUUCACACAGCCUCGCCCUUUCUACAAUGCCUCCAUCUUCUACCUGGUCUGCAAAUAUCUCUCGUCUCCUGAGCUCAAAAUCGCCUAGUCGUAUAAAUCCCGGCCCAGUUAACUAUCCUGCUGGCGAGAUCUGGAAACGCGUCGUCGUCGAAUCGGUUUUCCAGGAUCUGCUGCAACCGGAAGAGAUGAAGGGAAAGAGAAGAUUCAUAAGGAUGGACGAACAUGGUUUGGGCGGUAUCAUACUUUAUGAAAUCCCUCAAGACUGGACCAUCGAGAGCGUCCUUGGCAUGAGCGUCGUUGAAGACCUAUUUGACGGAAUUGGGGUACGAGUGUCAUUCGUUCCAUUAUAUGCAUGCACGUCAUUCGUUACUGGGCAAAUCAUGAAUGCUCGUUUUCAUAACGUGGAUAUGGUUCCCGUCCCCUCCCACUCGGGAUUUUCGGUUGAUUCUCUAUCUUUCACUCUAUUCGACUCCAUUGCCUCUGAAGAUGAAUUUCAUCACAACGUCACGCCUCUUCAUGAUGCAAAGGACGUCUUGGAUAGUGACGAUGAUAGUUUUACAGACACUUCUCUCAUCACGGAUCUGGAGGAUAGCGACACGUCUUUCGGCUCGAUUGGACCCCUCACACCAACUAAAUCUGUCCUUACACCACUGUGUAUUGUAACCGAUGAAGACACGAGUUUUUCGCUUAGUCCGUUACUCGACUCCUUGGGAUCUACACCGUUCUCCUUGAAGGAUAUUGGCGAGGUGAAGAAUGACUGCAGACCCGAGCUGAAGAAGGACAUUUUCGUUUGAAGCUAUCUUCUUUUGUCUAUACGUAUUCUACUCCUACAUCCUUCUACAGUCCGAAUUACCGCAGCUUGUACAUACUAUCUCUUCACAAUCACUGCAGAGGCUGGCACAUUUUUAAUAGCCUAAAAUGGGACCCUAAAAGGUUCGGGUUAUCUGGAAAACCAGAUGGCUCUGCCUGGUCAAUGAACCAUUGAUGAGCCACAGCAAAGUACUUAUCCGCUUCUCAAAAACACCCCAUAAUUGGGACCACUGGUGCAUCAAAUAGUCCGCUGAGUCGUACGAGC